AGGUGAAAACCCCAGUGGAUUCGAGUAUCCACUUGAUAGGCUCAGUGUCUCUUAAUCAGCCUGUAAUGGAGCUAAUGGCUGUUUGUCAUCCUUGGAGAUAUAAAUUUCCUGGCGGUGUCUCCUGCAGACAGUGCAUGAAGUAUGCUCUGUGUGCCAGCAAGGACUGAUAAUCUGCAGAAGGGCAGGGUGCUUCGUUAGCCAGGAGAGGAGCUGGGGCUCCCCGGCUGCCAGGCUACAGAACUCGCCUCGCCACUCCUGAGACAUGGACAAUGCCGUUGAUGGACUGGACAAAGCUUCUAUAGCAAAUUCAGAUGGCCCAACAGCAGGAUCCCAGACACCUCCCUUCAAGAGGAAGGGGAAACUCUCUACCAUCGGUAAAAUCUUUAAGCCUUGGAAAUGGAGGAAAAAGAAGACCAGUGACAAAUUUAGAGAAACCUCAGCAGUAUUAGAAAGGAAGAUAUCCACAAGACAAAGUAGAGAGGAGCUGAUAAGAAGGGGCGUUCUUAAGGAGUUGCCUGAUCAAGAUGGAGAUGUAACAGUUAACUUUGAAAAUUCAAACGGGCACAUGAUACCCAUCGGAGAGGAAUCUACCCGAGAGGAAAAUGUAGUAAAAUCUGAAGAAGGUAAUGGCUCUGUAGCUGAAAAAGCACCACCUCUGGAAGAAAAGGCAGAAGAUAAGAAAGAGAACACUGAAAACCACUCUGAAACACCGGCAGCUCCUGUUCCAUCUCCUCCAGCUCUUCCUAAGCCUAAACCCAAACCUAAGCCCAAAAAAACACCUGUGCCUCCAAAAGGGGCUGCUGCUGGGGCAAGCCCCAAGGCUGACGAAGUGCCUCCUAUUAAAAAAAUUACCAAGGCUCCUGGUAAGCAGGCCCCCAUCCCUCCACCCAAGCCAACAAGCCGAAACACGACCCGAGAGGCUGCUGGUUCCUCUCAUUCAAAAAAAGCAACUGGGUCCAAAUCAUCAGCUUCACCAUCUACUUCCUCCACCUCAUCUCGUCCCAGAGCUUCGAAGGAGACACUCUCUAGCAAAACAGGGACAGUAGGAAUCACAAAGGGCAAGAAAAAAACCGGCAAGCAGCCAACCUCUCGAUCGUCCUCAGAUGCAACCACCUCUGGCACGUCUGACCUGAAAGGAGAGUCUUCUGAGACAAGGGUGGAAAGUCUCAAAUCUGAGCAGACUGUCUCUGGGACCGAUAAGCAGACCACAGGCAAAUAUAAGUCUGCAGUCCCUCCACCUCCUGUGGCCCCACCCCCUCGUCCCCCCUCCCCUCCUCUGCCUCAUGAGGAGCAGAGCACUGUUGCCUCAGACUCUCCUGUUGUCCUGGUCAGCAAUGGAGCUGACUUGCCUGUCCCUGCCUUAGACCCCAGUCAGCUUCUCUGGACCGAAGAGCCAACCAACAGAACCACUGUCCUCUCAGGCACUGGCUUAAGUGUGAGCCGAGAAAAUGCAAAAUGUCUGACAACCAAAGAUGAGCCGGGGAAGGUAGCAUCUCAGCUCCUGCCUCCUCAGCUUAUGGGAGAAUCUUCAGGAUCCUUCAGUGCCCUGGAGGACGAAGGCCAAAGGGAGUACCAGGCCAAUGACUCAGACUCUGAUGGGCCUGUCCUGUACACUGAUGAUGACGAUGAUGAAGAGGAUGAGGAUGAGGAUGGCAGUGGAGAAAGUGCUUUGGCAAGUAAAAUACGACGAAGGGAUACUCUUGCUAUCAAACUUGGCAACAGACCAUCAAAGAAGGAACUAGAGGACAAAAACAUACUGCAGCGCACAUCUGAAGAGGAAAGGCAGGAAAUCCGACAGCAAAUUGGAACCAAGCUCGUCAGGAGACUUAGCCAGAGACCCACAACUGAAGAAUUAGAGCAAAGAAAUAUCCUAAAACAAAAGAAUGAAGAAGAAGAACAAGAAGCAAAAAUGGAACUUAAGCGCAGACUCAGCAGAAAGCUAAGCCUGAGACCCACAGUGGCAGAGCUACAGGCUCGAAGGAUCCUGCGGUUUAAUGAGUAUGUGGAAGUCACCGAUUCUCCCGACUACGAUCGCCGAGCAGAUAAGCCCUGGGCCAGGUUAACACCUGCAGACAAGGCAGCAAUAAGGAAAGAACUAAAUGAAUUUAAAAGCACAGAAAUGGAAGUUCACGAAGAGAGUCGACAGUUUACAAGGUUUCACCGUCCCUAACGAAGUGUGAGACUCUUUGGAAACACAGACUGAUCAUCCAUGGGGGAUGCCUCUCUUCCUGAAAACCUGAUAUUGCACUGGGAUUAGAAUGUGUGUGUUUCCUGUUAACUGGUGAAGGAAGUGUAUGGAAAGUGCUCCCCACCUGCAUGGCUCAGAUGGGGCCAAGAAGCAAAGGGAGAGGUACAGUGACUCUGCUGUCCUGAAUGUGUAUGGAGGGGUAAAUCAGGAGUUUUAAUCAAAGAAGAUGAGCAGAAGACAAUCACUGGCUCCCUAUUACCAGAAAGCCAAAUUGUAGAGUACAGGUUAAAGAGAAAUGGGGCCUGGAAUUUCUGGGCACUAAAAAGGGGUGGGGAUUGAAAAUCAGAAAAAAAAAGAGAAAUAUUUCAUUAUGUUAAUGAAGAAAAGAGAAAAUGGAAGCAUAAAUAUUUUUGAAGUAGUCUUUUGGUAGCUGAGAACUUAUUAAGGGAUUUGGGAAUCUAAUCACCUAAUGUGGAUUCCUUAAAGACCUGAUCCUAGAAGAAUAUUCUCGUUUCACCGUUAUGUUGGUGCAGUAUAGUACCAUUAUUUUAUGUUGUGCCAGUGAAUCCAAUUGCCAGAAAUAAGUCUGCGUGUUUUCAUGCAUCUUUUUCUUAAAUGCAAGAGACUUUUUAUUGACUCUUAACAAGCAUGCCUGCCCAAAUUUUGUUGCAUGUUUUAAGUAGCCUACCUAUACACACUUUUUUUUUUUUAAUACUCCUUAUCUAAUGUACCAAACUUCUACAAGGAUAACAGGACUGGGAAUAAAGUCAGAUGAAUGUGAUCCUAUAAAUCUGUAGGAAGCUUUAGAAAUAAAUCUGUGGUCUUUCCCUAGCUUGAUUAUCAUCAAAGUUGAAGCAACCAUACCUGAUCUAAGGAAGAUAAUAUAUUGACAAUCACAACACCUUUAAAAAAAAAAAAAAAAUCCGAGUCCAAAGUUAAAACUUAAGCAAAUGCAGGUGUUCUGCUGACAGUUAGUUCCGAGUGGGCGUGGAAAGGACUACUUAUUUUCAGGGCUGCAUUAAGUUGGAUUGCUGCUAUCAAAAAAUUAAGUAAAUGCAUCAAAAUACUCACCCGAAGGCUUAAAAAAACACAGAAAAUCUCUGCUAAAUUGCAAGUGAGGAGAACCUCAUUUUGUAUUUUAAGAGUCUGCAGAUUGCAUCCAUAAAUAUAGCAUUGACUUGCAAUGCAAAAGAAUCAGUGAGAUUAAAGUCAUGGAAGGCUUCCCUGUGAGCCUACAGUCAGUAUUGUUUACAUUAAGAAACCCUCAAUUGCCAUCUUGCUAUUUUCUGUGGAGUCGCAGGCACAGCAUGGCUUCUGCUUCCAAGUACAUAUGAUCAGAUGUAAAUACUACCUUGCAUUCAAUUGUUCUUUCAUGAUUGUUUUGUGCUCCUUUUAUUAAAAACACAUGAGACAUAAUAACAAGACUAGACCUAGUAGACUUUAUUUUAUUCUCGGAGCUUGGGCUAGAAUUUUCUGAAAUGCUUCUGGUUCGUGAUAUGGAAGACUGUAAUUUGUGAUUUCAACCAAAAGAGCAAACAUUUAAUCUGGUAGAUAAAUUUGGAUCCUUUCAUUCAUUUAUAUUUUGUAGAACCACUUGAAAUUGGAUGAUUUUGCUUAAAAUUAAAAAGUUUUAGCCCCAAUUGGCCUAUUAGAGAAAGCCAGGGCCAUUUUAAAUCUAAGAAAAGUAAGCAGCAUUGUUACACCUCUUGCUGCACUCAGCUACAUGCAUAAUAAACCCAUAUUCUGCUCUUGUGUCACUUCAUUACUAGUAUAAGAUGUAUUUUUGCUCUUGAGAAAAAUAUUCUGCCCAAGUUACUUUCUCUGGCUGAAAGGUUUUGUUCCUUUCAUAGUGUUUCAAUCCAACCAAGGACAUUAACUCUGUUCUAAUUUUUUGCCGAAGUCAUCCUUUUCCUUGUAACGUUAUUAUAUUAUCAUUGUUGUGUCUUGGGAAAAAUUCCAAGAAAUUUAUUGUUAUUUUAAUUUUCUAUACUUAAAAUCUUUAAGUGUUGUCAUAAUUUCUAAUCACAAGACAACUAUAAAAUGGUAAACAUAAGACAUUAACACUUUUUUAGCACUCAAGAUACAAGUCAUAGAAAGCCUCUACUUCGUUGAUAAAAGGAACAAUAUUUUCCCAUUCAUGGUGCCUAUGAUGCAGUUUCUUCUUCCCUACAAUGAGACAUACCCAGUACAAAGAUUCCAGUCUCUCAAUAUAUUGUUUUGCUUGUAUGAUAUGUCAGACUUAUGAACUACCCACACUUUUCUUCAUACCAACUGACACAUUUAGAGAAAAGUUUUAAAGUUAGAGCAAAAUUAAAAAGUCAAAAACAUUACCUCUGCUAAUCUAAUAUUUUGGGAUUGUAACCAACAGUUAUAACAUUAGAAUGAUUCUUUAAAUAAAAAUCUAUGGAAAGAAUCGAAGGAUGAUGAGCUAAACUGUACUUUUCAGAAUAAGGCUUGGUGUUAGUAACUCAUUUUAAAGGCAGAAACACUGCAUAUUCACCCAGCAUCCCAUCCAGAGAUCUCUUGCUUGGCAACCCUAAAAGAAUACAAAGAUGUGGACCACCCUCUGCUCAAUGCCAGCAUUUCUGUUAUCCAACCAAUAAGCUACAGUUCUUUGAAAAAAGUAAAUGUGUGUGAAUUGGGCUGUUGCAACACAAACCAGGCUUUCCCCUUUUACAAAGUGAGACAUUAGGCUGACAUAGAGGCAGUGAGUGAAUUUUCCUGAGUCCCCAAGAUAUGAUUAGGGAAGAAAACAAACCAUAUCCUGGAAGAUCCCAGGCAGGAAGGAACCAGACAGACUGUAAAACACAAAGUGGCCAUUUCUGUCUUUUUAAAAAUGAAGCAAAAGAACAUUGACAUUAGUAAGAAGAUGCCGUGGGCUUUAUCAGCAUCUUUGUGAUCUGACAAAAUUAGUCCUCUGGUGAUCAGCAUUAAUUUAAGGCAGCCCUGCCUGAUAAUUCCCUGUGUAUGUGAAAUGUCUUGCAUUUUUUAUAUUUGGUACAAUUAGCCUUUAUGUUAAUUCCUUAAAUUAUUUAGGCUAAAUCUGUAAUAUUCAGAGAACCAUUUGUUAUAUUUGAAUAACUGUUUUAAAUGGAGGAAAAAGCAAACUAAUCUGUCUCUCUGAUUUCCCCAGGAAAACAGACUUUCUGGUUCCAUUUUCAUGUCCUUUAUUAACAUAUUGACUGUAGUCACUUAUCUUUCUCUAAUGUUAGUAACUAUAUAGUUAUAAAGUUUUGAAAUGUAAGUGAAAAUCUAUUUAAGACAGUAAAGGAAUUGAAUACACCCUUCAAAAAUCAUCAGAUAUUGAAAAUGAGAGAUGAUUUCUUAAAACCCAUAAUUUGGGUUACAUCCUGCAAUAAUUUCAUGCCGCAUUGCUCAAAAAUUUCUUCAGUUUAUUAGUUUUUAAGAGGUCCUAGUAGCACAUUAAACACAGAAGUCUUCCUCAAAAUAGGUGAGGUGGAAAAUAUGUACAUUUAUGACAUUUUAUCAGUACAGUAACUGAAGCAUUCCCAAAUUCCAGUCAUGUUAUUAACCCUACCCUUACUAGUGCGAGUAUAUAAUUUGAGACAAGAACUAAUUUUUUCACAUCGUUAGAGUAUGAUGUGAGCAGUAAGGAACCACUAAGAUGUAAUUUAUUUAGAGUUGUCCCUUGACCUCUUGAAAUAGGUUAUAUUCCACUGUUGAGUAUUUACUGUCUUAUUAUUGGCAGAAUGUAUCACAUUGUUUUGCUUGGCAGAGCAGAAUGAACUUCUGGAACUGAAAUAUGUCCUACAGGGGAAUAUAAGGGCAAAAGUUAUCAUCAAAUUAAUAAGAUCAUCUUUCUGAGAGAAAGCUCAUCUUUAAGUAGUUCAAACCCAAGUCUCAAAGAGGAGCACAAGGAACUACUAUAAUUUGACAGUGACCAAAGGGUGGUGGGGAGAAAGGUAGAAAUACUCCCAAAACAAUUCUCAUUUUCACUUUCCCUUUACUUUUGGUAAUAAUUAAGCUUAAGCUCUAUAGAAAAUGGGAACAACCAUUAACAUUAUCUAGAAAACAGUGGAAGCAUAGUUCACAAGGUCAUUCCAAAUUAAGAAAUCCCUGUAAGAUUUCUGGCAAAAAUAAAAUAAAGAGAAAAACUGUGGCAGCUAUUCUCACUGAAAGCCAACCUUAUAGGCAGGAGUCAUUUUUAACCAUGCUAGGAUUUCCUACACGAAGAAUAUCAUUUAACUUGUCACAUUGCUGACGCAUACUGUACCUAUGAGCAGUUGAUCACUGUUGAUCAGUGUUUCUCAGUGGGAGUGCCAUUGGCAUUUGGAGCUGGGCAAUUCUUUGUUUACAGAAAUGUUCCCUGCAUUGCAAGAUGUUUUAUAUCCUAAGCCCCUGCUGACUAAAUGCCAGUAGCAUGCCCAGUCACUGUAAAACCCAAAAGUCAGAAGCACUCCUUCAUGUUCAAAGGCCCUUCUAAGGCAGUACCACCUCCCUUGAGUUCUACUGUCUGCAAUUUGAGAACACACAGGGUAAAGUACCUAUUUUAAAACAUGGUCACUACUGUCUUGCAUUACUCUGUGCCCUGAAUAGUUUCUUCCCCCCUUUAUUUUUCAAGCCUUCUGCUUCAGUGAAGCUUUAAUUUGCCAGGUCUUCAGGGAGGACGUUGCUGGGCAGCCUUGGCAGUUUCAAUGGGCGUAGUCACUUGGCUAGUCCCUGUAUGUACUUACAGGAGAAAUUUCAAAUGAAGCAAACUUUCUUUUUCCUAUUUUGACCUCAUAGUUUUACCUAAGAACUACACUGGUUUGUCACAAUCUUUGUUAGUGUCAUGAGGAUUAUUGCAUGGCUUAACCCCAAAUACAACUAACAAUCCACAUAAACAAAACCAGUGGUCCAUGAAAAUCACUGUUAGAUUUCAACUUGUAAGGUACAUCCUUUAAUAAAUUACAAAGCAAUCACCUAUUUAUCCUAUUAAAGAAACAUUUAACCCACAUGUAAAUGCUUGAAUUCUUCCUGUAUAACUCUAGUCACACAGUUCAACUUUGCUAAAAUUUGUGAACACUGAAGGAAGCAUGGAUAACUGGAUUGCAUGCAUAUUGUUCAUACUUCAAUGAUGGUCAUAACAAGAUGAUUUUUUUCCUACUUGAAACAUGAUUGAACUAUGCUAACAGUACAUAUGCAUACUUAUUCUCUGUUGCUUUUUAUCACCAAAACUGAAUGGCAAAUACGUAUUGAAAUGAUUUGGAUGAAUUGUGGCUCAUAGAAUGGAAGAGUUUAGCCACUAUAAUUUUUCAAAAUACUAAAAUUUCUAGAUCUGUUUUUCGAGACAGAGCAAUUCGGAGUUGAUAAAGGAAGUUAUAUUGUGAACUUUUAGAUGGUGCUUAAGAAUUCUUACCUUGUUAAAUACCAGUAUUUUUUUUUUCUUUUUAAGAAUAAAUUAAAGGGAGUAAAUGAAGCAGAAUGCCACUCCACCCUCAGGUCAAUUUCAUGGUAUACUAAAAUGCCAAUAAUAUUUGUGCCACUUGCCAAAUUAGGGGACUUUUCCCUUACUGGAUGCUUUUGUCACAGUUUGUAUCAUUACAUUGCUUAGAGAGAUUCCACAAAAAGAUGUCACCUUUGCAGUGCUAACUAGCAUUUGAAAAAAAAUCUGAAUAAACCUAGGGUCAAACCACUUUCAUUACUUAAAAUAUAGGCACGAAUUUUUAUUUUUAUUUUUUUAAUAUUUCUUCUGUGGCUUAGAAAUGUGCCAAUGUGUUCAAAACAUUCUGCACCAAUUUCACGAGAUUUAGUACCUAGCAAAAACUCAAACUUGUCAUUUUUUUCUAUGUAAGUGAUUUUUAAAGAACUAUAUGUAUUCUUUUGUUAUUUCACUUUGGUUAAAAUGGUUAAGAAUGGUAAGCUGUGACCAUUAUCAGACUGACUGAAUGAUUCCUGAUUUCCAGUAAGUGAUCUAAUUCUACAUAUUACACAGGUACAAUAUCUGUGGGUGUAAAUAACUGGAACUGUACACUGAUUAACAUGACAGUUUCUCUUUUUUUGUUAUUAUUGAUCUGUACUGUAUUAUAGUAUGUGGGUAUAAAUACCUACAAGUAUACACAGAUAUGUAUAUGUAUUCCACUAUUGUAACCUGAAAGACAGACUAUGUAUUAUCUUUUUUUAUUCCUUACUGGUGUUUGUGUUAUUUAAAAAGCAAAAUUAUGCUCUAUUUAGUUGUAUAUUAUAGGAUACUUUGCUGUGCACAAUUCCAAGUGCCUUAGAAUAUUGUUUAGCUUUCUUAAGUAUAUAUAAAUGCAUAUAUGUAUAAAAUUGGGAAAAGUUACCUCAAUAAAAUUAUUGGGAAAUCCCCAA